AUGGCUCAACCAGUCCCUGUUGUUCCCACGUCGUUCCGCGCGUGCGCUAGAUGCCACCUACGCAAGGUCAAGUGCGACGGCGUCAUUCCACAAUGCGGUGCGUGUAGGCGGUCUGACGCCGAGUGCAACAUAACCACGUGCGUCACCUUCUCAUACGCUACGGUGCGCCACCUUCAGGAGCAGGUCGAGACGCUCCAACAGCAAGUGGCACAGCUCCACACUACCUCGACGAGCGAGCGACUCCACGGCGAACCGCUGGAGACUGGACACAGCCACGAUGUGGAGACGCAGCUACUGCAGGCGGAGAUUCCCAGGACGGAGCGAGGCACUGGUGACUUUGUGGCUGAGGAAGUAGGAAACCUGGCUUUGGGCGCGCUGGACGGCUCUUCUCACAGAUACGUUGGUAGUGCUGCGGGCAGCACCUUCACCAAGAUUCUCCUCAAAAACCUUAGGAUUGGGCCCACCAACAUUCCGUUCCAGGAUGUGCGACCUCCAAACUGGGAGUUCGGAGUUGUAGACCUUGAGCUCAGAAACCGCACCUGGUGGUGCACUUACGGUUUAGAAAGGAUGAUCGCCGUCUCCAUGGGGAGACCUCUCUCCUUGCGCAACCAAGCUAUUGACGCAGCAUUUCCACAGAGUAUCCAGGACGAUGUCUUGCAUCCAGAUGAGGAAGCCAUUGCACGAUUCUUCCAUACUCAAGGCGUCGUGCCGGCCACCCUGAUGUUCCAGCUCCACGCAAUUGGUGGGGAUAUUCUUGAAUCAGUCUACAUCGCAAGACCACGGCUGUCAAUGGCGGCUGAUACCAUGCAGCACCUGGCAAAUAGUCUGCGGAAGCGACUAGCAUCUUGGCGGGCUGAAGCUGAACAUAUAGCAAACUUGAAUGAACCUGAAUCAUUGGAGAUGCAGAUCUGGUUUUCUCUUACAACGCUCACCUGCAAUCGUCCUUCGCCUUCAUUUCCAGAGCCGUCAUCAGAAGCCAUUGAGUCUUGCGCAGAGGCGAGCAGGCUCGCAUUGAUGAGCUGGACGGAAUUGAUGGAGAGAUCACGCUUGUGCCCCUCAUGGCGGACGUUUCACGACAUACUGAUGGCCGGGCUGGUGUGGAUAUACUGUGCAUGGAAAUCUUCGCAGCGUUACUCUGCCGAUCAUCAGGCAUUAUCAAUGGCGUGCACGCGAUUACUACAGCACGUAGCCAAGGGCCGCAAUUAUCUCAACAGAUUUAUACAACUGCACGAAUCGCUCUCGCAUAUUGUCACUUCCAACCAGCAGUCCACGCCGGGGCCGUCGUCAACCACGCUACCGGACGACGCGCUGUUUGAGAACCAUCUCAACGAAGCGAUGAUGGAUGCGAAUGCUUCAUUUGACGUCCACGCAUUCGAAAACGUGAUGGUGCGGAUCCCGAAUAUCCUGGACGAAGACAUGGAUUACACCAUAUUCCAGGGUUGA